CGGGGCAGCAACACAUCUAUGCUGCAAUUCGACCCCAACAGUGUGCAGGUCGGGAAAUGGGGUCGUCUCUACUGCGCCAGCCAAUUAGUUUUGGCAGUCAUGCUCGUUGUCUUCGGGCUUUAUGCAUUCGUCGCGUCGAUAGCCGAUGAUGGAGCUGGUAUCGUGACCAUUCUCUUUCUUUUCGUGAUCUUCGUAUUCCGAACGUUCACAUUGAUGCUAUCACCCUGGUCCUACUCUGAGGCUUCGGAGGUGAUUGCUCAGCUCUCAAACUAUAUGAUCCUUUGUGCCGGAGCAGUUGAAACCGUACUACUCUGGCUGCGAUUCCGGAUCCCAGGUGACGAUUCACUACUUGGCAUCAGCAUCUGGGUCGAUGCCAAUGCGCAAUCGAGAGUUUGGGUGCAGAGAUUCCUAGUUCUCAACAACGUCGCCUGUUUGCUUGAGAUCGUUUUCAAACCGCUGCGGAUCAAGUACCUUCGUCGUGUAUCCGUCAUCCGUACACUCGAUCAGAACCUCGAGCACGACACCUGGCCGAUGUACCGGGCCAGCAAACCUCACCUCUUCGCCCG